ACCGUUGGAUCGGAGAAUUUACGUUCCAACGGCCAUUAGAAUCUUCGCGACCCGAAGCCGUCUCCAACCUUCACAUAGUGUGGCGUUACCUCGCAAAAACCCUAGUGGAGUUUGAGAAGAUCUCGCAGUCGCCGGUCUUCUGUUUCUAAAUGACUGGCGGCCAUUGCUGGAAUUCAGAAGCCAUGUCUAGUGACUUGGGCAUAUAAGGAAGGCUUGGUUUCUACUAUUUUGAAGAUUUUGUGAUUUGAAACUUAUAAUUGUAUGUGUUCAAGACUCUUCCACUCGCCCCUAAUCAUCCUCACCGAAGCCCCAACCCGACCACCCUCAUGGCUCACCUCCUCCCUCUUCCUCUAGCUCACGGCCAAGCCCCUCUCCUUCCCAAACCGCCACUUCCACCUCUCCUCUCCCUCUUCUCUACAUUGGCGCUCCAUCUCUCGACAAGAAUGCAUGACGGAUCCGGAAGUUGAUCACGGAUUCGUUUACGAUUCUCAAGAGGAAGUCGACAUCAUUCAAUCACCGUUCUUCGAUCCCGGAUUUGGGUCCGAAGGUACCGUCGAAGAAUACGUGGAACGCAUUUUCUUUACUUUGGCGGACGUCAUUGAGGAGCAAUAGCUUACAGGAUCGUGGAAGAUCGUAGGACGAUCACCGGUCUCUCCAACUCCGGCCAACUCUCAGUUGAUCAAAACCUCUAGCAUCCUCUGUCUUGCAGUGGCAUCACUGGGCUUGCUUACUUUUGUCCUCCGCUAAACCUACUUCCAAAGAACGAUCGAGAGGGAAACUCUAAGAAUAAAUGGAGCUGGCGUGAAGGGCUCUCAUAUGUGGCGGAGAUUGUCAAGAUUCACAUGAUAUUGUAAAAUAGCCCCACAUUACAGUGUACUUGCCAAACGUAAUGGGUAAAGAAAAGGGCGCUAGAAAGGCUGCUUCAAUCUUUAUCAGAUUAUAUGGUAGUUGGAAGUCAAUUGCAAGAGCUUAUAGCUCUGACUGUGAAACCCUACCAGAAAGUUCCAACCCCGUGAAGCGGAUUUGUCGGAUCAUGUUAUCCUGCCCCAAGAUGGCACUGGAGCAAACCCUAGAUGAUAGUGGCAUCUUGGUUUCUCCGGACAUGGCUGAGGAGGUCCUUCACCGUUUUGAGAAUGCUGGCAUGCUUGCCUACCGCUUCUUUGAGUGGACUCGCAAGCAACAAGGAUAUUCAACCACUGUUCGUGCCUACCAUUCCAUUAUUAGUUCUCUCGCCAAGAUUCGACAAUAUCAGCUUGUUUGGAAUAUUGUUGGCCUCAUGCGCCGUGAGGAAGUCCUCAAUAUUGAAACAUUCUCAAUCAUAAUUCGCAAGUAUGCUAGAGCUCAAAAGGUUGAUGAGGCUCUCUACACCUUCAAUGUGAUAGAGCGGUUUGGCCUAGUACCAAAUCUUGCUGCUUUCAAUAGCUUGCUUGGCGCUUUCUGCAAAUCUAAGAAUGUGAGGAAGGCCCAUGAGGUGUUCAAUCAAAUGCGCCACCACUUCAAACCUGAUGUCAAAACUUACAGCAUUUUACUUGAAGGAUGGGGGCGGGCGCCCAACUUGCCAAGGUUGUGGGAGGUGUUUGAUGAAAUGGCAGAGACAGGUUGCAAAGCCGAUAUAGUUACAUAUGGCAUCAUGGUGGAUGCUCUUUGCAAAACUGGCUCAAUCAUGGAGGCCGUAAAUCUUGUCCGGGAGAUGCCGUCCAGGGGCUGUCCACCAACAUCUUUUAUCUACAGCGUGCUGGUUCACACCUAUGGUGCAGAGCGACGUAUCGAGGAUGCUGUGGAUACCUUCUUGGAGAUGGAGAGGAAUGGGGUGAAGCCAGAUGUUGCUGUGUAUAAUGCUCUGAUCUCAGCCUUUUGCCGGGUGAAUAGGUUCAAGAAUGCUUUAAGAGUUUUAGAAGAGAUGGGAGAGAAGGGCAUUCCACCGAAUUCAAGGACCUGCAAUAUAAUUCUGAGCAGCUUGAUAAGUGCUGGAGAGAAUGAUGAGGCAUAUAGAGUUUUUCGUAGGAUGAUCAAGUAUUGUGAACCUGAUUCAGACACAUAUACUAUGAUGAUAAAGAUGUUCUGUGAGACUGAUAUGUUGAAUAACGCUUUGAAAGUGUGGAGGUACAUGGGAUUGAAGCAGCAUGUUCCGAGCAUGCAUACCUUUUCAGUUCUUAUUAAUGGUUUGUGUGAGAAGGGGGAAGUUGGCCAGGCUUGUGUCUUCUUGGAAGAUAUGGUUGAGAAAGGCAUCAGGCCCCCGGACUCAACAUUUGGGAGAUUAAGGCAAUUGUUGCUGAAGGAAAAAAGAGAAGAUGUUCUCGAGUUUCUCGAAGAAAAAAUUAAGCUUCUGGUCACAGAACCAUUAUGUGAUUGAUGGAUUUUGUAGCUUUGGGAGAUUAAGGCACUGUAAAAGCAUUCAUCUCUGCCAAGUUGUGGCUUUUCAACCAUAGGACUGAUUAUGGUGACUGAUCAUCCCUAUCACCUAUUGAAUGAAGAUGUGGUGGUGUGGAGAGUACACUGCUUACAAGGAUGCUUCAUGUCCAUAUUGGCCAUUUCCUAAUAGUUCUGGGACCAUUGCAGCUCACUGCUUAGUCAGUAACAGCAGAAGAUUGCCCGUGGCAUUAUUUUGCUUAGAGGAAGCACAAUUAUGGCUAUAUCCCAAACAAGCACAUGAACUGUUGAACACAAGCGGCACGUUCAUAUUUAUUAAAGAUGAAAACUUUGUAGAAUAUGCAGUUCACAUGGCAUCAUCAGCUUUUCUUAUUCAGGCCAAGGUUUUCACCUCCAUCAUUUUAUCCACUAGCGCCAUUACCGUCUGUACUCAAGCCAAUCUCCAGUAUGUCAGUCGCACGAAAUUUGAUGCUGAAGGAUGGCGAUUCUUCAUUCCUUAUGGUGGUGAAUUCCCUAUAAAGAUCUUGGAUGAAAGACUAAAGUAUCAAUUAUAUGUGUUUGGGGAAUCUAUUGGGUCAAUUGCAGUUUCCAUGAUCGAUAGGAAUCACAAACCAGAUGCUUUCAGGGACUAAUAUUGGCUGAAAUGGAGGAAAAUUUUUGAAGAGAACAUGGUGGAAUCUGACAAGGUGAUUUUUUUUGUUUUUUGUUUUUGUUGAGGAAGCACUAUUCUUAGGCCAGUGAAAAUCCGGGUCGGCUUAGCAUGCAACUCACACAAAUUUACAUGAGCCAACACUUAAGGUUUUUACUGCUUGCCAAGGGAUUCGAACCAGGGACCUAGGUUUUGCCCAGCCGGUUCUUCACCAUCUGGACAAGCAGCGGUGGAUAUAUUUAAUUCUAGGCUUUUCAAGGAUAUGUUUGGGAUAGCUUUUUCAUUGCUUUAUUUUUCAGAAAGCAAUUACAAUUUCAUUUGGUUGUUGCUUUCUCACAAUUUUUCAUACAAUUUUAUGGUGAAAAGCUGCUUUUUAUAA